AGAGGUUAAAGUUCAAGUUACAAUCACGAAUACACUUAAUAGAAAUAAAACGACUCAAAAUUUUGAAAGUAUGAAACCUCUUUUGGACAACGUGAAAUAAUAAAGAAGGAAUACUUUCGACGAGGUCGAAACAAUAAGUAUUUAAAAAAACGCUACAACUAAACAACAAUUUCUUCAAACUUGCAUCAAAAUUUCCCGAAACCUUACUUUCUGACAUGACGACUUCUCUCAUAAUUACUUGCAAGAAAUCAGCCAAUAAAAUAUUUGGUUCAUUUCCUGUGGACUGGACAUUGAAUAUUUGGACGUUAUCAGUAAUUACUUCGUUUCUAGUAAUAGCUCUACAAUUUAGAACACAAGAAAAUCCUGAGAAAAGCAUUUUAGAUUUUUAAAUGGAAGAAAUAUACUAGAAUUAAUUAAAUAUUCAUCGAGCACUGAUUGAUUUUUCAAUAUAUUGCACACUAAUGUUCAGUUUAAAUUAAAUAAAGUGCACCACAAUUAUUUUUUCAAUUUAAUCAAUCAACCAACCAAUCAAAUAAAUAUUUAAUGUCCAAUGCAUAAUGAUAGGAAGUUUUAUAAUUUAUUGCAAGCUUAAUAAAAGAAUAAAUAAUAAAUUGAUUGUCGUAAUCAGUGAAAUCAAUUCAAAACAAUUAGUUGCAGUUAAGAAUUUGUUCGUGAAAGGUUUUCUGUGAGAGGCAAAAAAAAAAUGUUUCACACUGUUAUAAGAUAUUCAAGCUUUUUAAGUAAAUUUAUGGGCCUUUCUAAUUUUGUUAUUGAAGAGGGUGAUUUUGCGUCCAGAAAAACGAAAAUCUUGGCAAAAAUUCGAUCUUUUAUUAUCCCCAUAACCAGUAUAAUUGUGGCUUUGGGAUUUGUAAUAACACUUUCGCAAGAAACAUCAAAAACGACAACAUAUAUCUCGAGGAUGAUCCUUCUAGUCGAAAUUACCACUUCCUGUUAUUUUCUGAUUAUUUCAAACAUAAAGAAACUUCAUUUUAAAGAUUUAUUCAAACAAAUAAAAGAACGAGAAGUUGAUCUAAAAAACUUCUUGCCAAACUAUCGAAGUCAAAGUUGCGAUAACAAAUUAAAAAUCGUAUUGUUAAUUAAUUUCGUUGUGUUUCUGGGCGUUAUGAUGUGUUUUCAUAUAUGCAACGAUGGAGUUGAUGUGUCUUACAUUACAUACUAUAACAGUAUAUAUGCCGUUCUCGUAAUCUAUACCAUUACCCUUACUAUUACUUUUUAUGCCAUCAAAUUAGAUCAACAGUUAGAAUGUGCAAAUAAAAUUCUCAAAAAUAUUCAAUUGAAAGAUGAAACCGACGUUUUAUUCGGACAAGCUUCGACUGACGAUUUGGAAAAUCUUUUUUCGAAAAUAUAUUCCUCGGUGGAUGCAAUCUGCAAUUAUUUUCAAGUUUGCUUCGUAGGGUGCCUUGUCUAUAGCACAUUUCAGCCACUUUGGAGUAUGUACCUUGUAAUCGUUAAUUUUCCAAAAAAAAGUAAUACGAUUCUUAUUGCUUAUUUGUAUUGGAGUGGUGUUCAAUAUUUUCAAGUUAACGAGUGGAUAUGGGCUUUAACAAUAUUAAAAAAUCAGGUAUCAAAACUAGACAAUAAUUUUUACAAAUUAGCGCGAACGUCACCCAAUGCUUGGUUUUAUGAUAUGGCAACUUCAAUUACACUGAAGCGUUUGGGAAGAAAAUCAAAUGAUUCACUGGCAGGAGUAUUUCCUACUGCAAAUUGGACACUUAAUACUUGGGUGACAUCAACAAUUAUUUCAUAUUUAGUGAUCAUUCUACAAUUUAAAAUUCAAGAAAAUCCUUCAGAUUCUGAUUUCACUUAUUAAACAUUACUUAGCCAUUGUACCCUUAGAUGCACUAUAUU